GAAAGUAUAAAUAUUUAUAAAUGCUUGCUGUAAUGCUUCUUCCUGUGUUAUCAAUACUGAGCUGUUAAUUGAGUUGUUAAUAAACAAUUGGGUAAAGCUAGGUGGAGUUCAGAAUGUGAAACAAUUAUGUACACAAUCCUUAUCAGUUCUCAAGUAAUUGUUUAAAAAUUCAGUUAACUGAAGCAGAUUAAGGUGGAUUAUGAUGCAUAAGUGGUUUUGGUUUGGAAACGAUUUGGGUAAUUUUCUUUUACCAGGAUACAAUGUUGUUACAACGUCAAGUUUCUUUUGCACUUGUUUAGGCUUAACUGCACUUGCAAUAUUAUAUGAAGGUAUGAAGAUUUUACAAAUUAAACUUCAGCAAAGUACUACAAUGCUUAUACAAAAACAAAUGCCUAGAACAUCAGAGAAUUCUUCUUUAUUGUCUAAAAUAUCAUCAAAGUCUAUUGGGACACAACUUCCUUUACAUUGUACAUAUUGGUCUGCAUGGAGUUUUCAAGUGUUACAUUGGUCUAUACACACAUUUCUUGGCUACAUUUUAAUGUUGGCAGUUAUGUCAUAUAAUGUGUAUAUUAACAUUGCGCUUGUACUGGGAGGAAGCAUUGGAUAUUGGAUAUUUGGUCCAAAACUUAUAGAACUCAAUAUGAAACGGUUUUAUCAAAAACAAAAUAUGUUAGACUGUGAUAAAGAAUGUGCAGAUAAUUCAAUAAAUUACGAGGGACAAGGUUCAACAGUUUCUGUUGUCACAGAUCAAUUAAUAACAGAAGCUGCUGUUGAUGUUCAUAUGCCAAUUGGUAUUUAAAUUAAACAAAGAUUUAUCAAAAUAAAAAUUUAUUGGUCUGUAUAUAUUUAAAGUAUUUUAUGUUAUAU